AUGGAGAGCCGCCCCAGCUUGAACUUGAUCGACAACACAUCCCCCAACCGUCGACUCUCCGAAGAUGAAAGCCUUUCUGAGGUCACCACAGCUGAUGAUCUGUCAAGAAACACAUCCAGGAGAUGGAGAAAACCCUCGGUGCGUCGUGAACUGACCAAGCGCAAAUAUAAAAAAUGGCAACCACACAAGUUGGGAAUCACAGACGACGACCCGGACAGAAGCCCAUCGGAUGCCAGACUGUCUCUGACAGCUACAUAUACAAAUACUGAGGGCGAAAGCCUUGUCGAUGCUUCGACCUUGCCAACUACUGAACAACGUGAUUUCGGCGCCGCAGAGCAAGAAAAUGAUGGCCCUGCAUCAGUGACCGGCCAUGGUGUCAGUGGCCUCAAACCUGGCAGCGAGCUAGACAUUCUUUACGAGAACCAGCGGGGCUGGUUCUUCUUUGGCAUCCCUCUUUAUUCUCACGGUUCUCUUCUCAAUUUCGAUCCAGCUGCCUGGGUCACCUACGACUUUCGAGAUAGUCCGGUCAAUAUCACGAAUGCGCAGGUGCCGGAUCCGAGCUGGGAGUGGGCGUGGAAGACAUGGUACGUGGACAUGUCUGGCGAUGUGGAUGAUCAAGGCUGGCAGUAUGCUUUCUCCUUUGGCUCGUCAGCCUGGCAUGGGUCCCACCCUUGGUUUCAUUCGUUUGUUCGCAGGAGGCGAUGGGUCAGACUACGGGUUAAGAAGGCUUCGGAAAGAAGUCGCCGGGGCCGGUCAGGCUUUGAAAUGGCUCAUAUGCUCAACGAGGACUACUUUACUAUUCAUACUGCCAAGAAGAAAAGAGCAGCAAGUGCAGGGCGGGGUUCCCAAGGGCCAUCCACCUACUUGAGUCGAGCGACGACCACUGUGGAUGAAGAAGGUCCUCUGGAAGAGAUUGGAAAUAUUCCAACUCUCAUGUAUGCCCUGAAAAAUGCACAGAUAGACCGUGAGAAGUUCGAUAUCCUCAGAAGGUUUGUGGCGGAGGGGGGCCAAGAGCUAUACUAUCUAGAUGGAAAGAUGCAGGAUAUAAUGUCACUGUUUGUCUUCCAAGCCUCGCGGUGGCAACUAGUGACCUAUAUAACUAGCAUCAUCGAGGAGUUAUCUGGGAAGGAGUCCGAGUCCAGUGGUAUGGAUGCGGAGGAGAGCCAACGGCAAAAAGACUAUCUCUCAAAUGCUGUAGCCACAGCAAAGCGUUAUCUCACUGGGCCAGAGGUCUUCGCCCCUGAGGGACGAGUGCCUGCUCGGGAAAUGUCAGAGAUGUUGGAUUUGACUCCGGAAGCGAAGAGGGAGAGUCUUUUGUCUAGGUCCUCGGGGAAAUUCUCCCACAAGCCAAUAGACAAUGGUGGAGAAAUUAAAGCGAGAAUAUGCAACGCGAGCGGGUUCGUUCCGGGGACGCGCCGGAGGUUAUCACUCGGGGGUUCUACGAAACGGUGGGCGUCUAGUAACAAUGCAGCCAAAACCGAUGUGAUUGAGGCUGGAAGCUCACAGCAGAAUGUUGAACCUACUGCUACACUAGAGAGUGGAAAAGAUGGGCGGACAGGGGGUGAAGUAGAACGCGACGGCGUGAGUCCACCAAAAAACACUACGAGUUCAAAGCCUUCGUUGUCCGAUUCCCCGGAACGGAGCAAGUCGCUUGAAGAGAGACGAAAACGCUUGUUUAAUAUAUUUGCCGAUAUCGACUCGAAACCUUCCCGUCCAUCACCACCACCACCGCCUCCUCCGAAAUCCAGUGCCCCGAGAGGGAGAGACCUGAAAACGCAUGCGAGGCCAUUGGCAGCCCUUCCCAAGAAUCAGUCUCAUGAGAGAGCGCGUGCUACUAUGAAAUCAUUGUCUGUUAGGGAUAGGCGGAAGUUAAGGUGUCGUUUGUUUUUCACUAAGCGGAUGAACCCCGAGGCGAAAUGGAGGUGGACCCUGUGGACAAAACUAGAGGAGUUGUUCGAGCGAAUGGAGCAGAACACUACGGUGUGGAAGAAGAGAGGCAUAAAGCACAAGGAGAUGCUAUUGCCGGAGGAGACUGUUGCUCUUCUUGCGGGUGCUACGGACAUGGCCAUGAAGGAAAAUGUCUGGUACGUGCCAGUGCACAAUGGGUGUAAGGUCCAUGUGCUACAUCCACGGGAGAGCGAAGGCCAAUACAGGAAGGUUGUAUUGUCUGGUUCCGAACGAGUGGUGGAGCUUGUGGGGGAUCGUAUUACGCAUGCAAAGAGCCUUCAAGAAAUGGGUGACCCUUUGGUCGAUAUCAGAAAGCCACCGAUCCCGGUGUUUCCUUCAUUGGAAACCAUGGCGCGGAAGAAUAUUCCGGUUCCCAUUAUUCGGGGUGUAUGGGACUUUUACAAAUCCGCGAAGGAUCCCGCGAAUUUGGGAACGCUGCUCCCCCUUUCCCAGAAUUUGUCGAGUGUCAGGGAAUUUGCGGAGCAUGUGGAUGAAGUCGCGCGGUCAUUGCCUUCUUACAAGGCCUCUCCGGGCAGCUCUCAUCAAAAGCAAGUGGCCAAAUCCCUCCUUUCAUUGUUUCAAAACGAGCGGUACCAUGGCUUUUUGUCGACUGCUGCACUGAAUACAGCACUGUCUUUCCUCCUUGACCAUGAGUUUGUGAGGUACGCGCGCAUGAUCUUCCUGAGAGCCGAGCACGUCGUAACUGUAGACUCCUUCAAUAUCUUGUUGAAGUUUGCGGCCCAAAAGCAGGAUAUGCGGCUGUUUCGCCAGUUUCUGCUGACAAUGCCGCGGUUGAAUAUCCGGCCAAAUCCAUAUACCUGGCUUACAUUCCUUGACUGCCUUGUCUCACCCAAAGCGAAGGCGAGUCUUGUCUCGCGUAUGAUGCAAAAAGGCUAUCUCAACGAAUCUAGCGCCAUGCGGACGGCGCUGCAGGCGACGAUACAAAACACUUUUCGUGCACAUCUCGAAGGCGGGAAAAGCGUUGACUCGUUCAUUAAUAUGCUUAUUGACACACAAGGUGCCAAUUGGUUCCCUCCAUCAUUGAUCAAUCAAAUGUUGAACGUUGCUGCCCGGCGGAAGGACUUUUCGGCCAUGGAACGGUUACUCCAAAUAUGCAAACAGCAAGGCUUUGCUGUCAAGGGUUCUACCGUCAACCAAAUUGUCCUUCUGUUUCGCAAGGAUAUCUUUUCCCUCCUCCGGUUCUUAUUUCAAUUCAUCGACCGUCCUGAGCGUGUGCUCACAAAAGACUCCUGGGAGAAAAUGUUCUUGAUGGCCUUCAAAGGGCGACACUACAACAUCUGUCGUGUGCUAUGGAGAUAUGCGUGCAUGUAUAGAGGCGUAACAUACAACAUGCGACAGUCUGUGCUUACAUCGUUACUCCGCAAUACAUCAUUUCGAAAGACUGGUGGUCAAUACAAUCAACUUUGGCUGACCAGUGCAGGCAAAGUCAUCGUGGGGAUUGAUCUUCAUCUUCCGGAUUAUCCCCUAAAAGAGUCAUUUGCGGAUCUUGUACCAUCUGAGUUCAAUCGGAAUCCAGUCGCUUCUCUUGCAACUGGAUUCAAGCCUACUGGUGGAGAGCGUGAGAAGCAGCAACUCCUGGCUUCUAAACUGGUAUUACGUGAUACGGAAGUCGGUGCAAUGUACCGGCCCUCGAGGUCAUUGAAUAUCAUGUUGGAGGCCGCAGCCGUCCUGGAUCAAGCGUGGAAGUCAGCCCCUCGACCAACACAGUGGUUAAUGCAAAAUGCUAUUAAAGUCUCUGUGAAAAGAAAGUCGAACUAUCUGCAGUAA